AUGGACUCGCGGGUGUCGGACCUGUUCGGGGGCUGCUGCCGGCCAGCGGGCGGCGGGGCGGGAGGGGCGCUGCGAGGGCGCGGGGGGGCCGCGCCCGGCGGCGGCGGCUCGAAGGCGAAGAAGAAGAACGGGCGGAGCCGGGGGGGAAAGGCCAACAACCCGCCGUACCUGCCGCCCGAGGCAGAAGAUGGGAACAUCGAGUACAAGCUAAAGCUGGUGAAUCCCUCACAAUACCGUUUCGAGCACCUGGUGACACAGAUGAAGUGGCGCCUGCAGGAGGGCCGUGGUGAGGCCGUCUACCAGAUCGGCGUGGAGGACAACGGGCUGCUGGUGGGCCUGUCGGAGGAGGAGAUGCGUGCCUCGCUCAAGACACUGCGCCGUAUGGCAGAGAAGGUUGGGGCUGACAUUACGGUGCUGCGGGAGAGGGAGGUCGAUUACGACAGCGAUGUUCCAAGGAAGAUAACAGAGGUGCUUGUCCGAAAAGUGCCUGACAACCAGCAGUUCUUAGACCUGCGAGUAGCUGUGCUGGGGAAUGUGGACUCAGGGAAGUCAACCCUCCUGGGUGUCCUAACACAAGGAGAGCUGGACAACGGGCGGGGCAGAGCACGCCUCAACCUCUUCCGUCAUCUCCAUGAAAUCCAGUCAGGAAGAACAUCAAGCAUCAGCUUUGAGAUUCUUGGCUUCAACAGCAAAGGAGAGGUGGUAAAUUACAGUGACUCCCGAACAGCUGAAGAAAUCUGUGAGAGUUCUUCCAAAAUGAUCACUUUCAUUGACCUGGCUGGCCACCACAAGUAUCUGAAAACAACCAUCUUUGGCCUCACCAGCUACUGCCCAGACUUUGCUAUGUUGGUGGUUAGUGCCAACACUGGCAUUGCAGGCACAACACGAGAGCACUUGGGCUUAGCCAUGGCCCUCAAGGUCCCCUUCUUCAUUGUCAUCAGCAAAGUUGACUUGUGUUCAAAAGCCACGGUGGAACGGACAGUGAAGCAGCUGGAGCGAAUCCUUAAGCAACCAGGCUGCAACAAGCUCCCCCUCCUUGUGAACUCAGAUGACGAUGCUGUUACAGCAGCACAGCAGUUUGCACAGUCUCCCAACAUCACCCCAAUCUUCACACUGUCCAGCGUUUCUGGGGAGAACCUGGAUCUCUUAAAAGUCUUCCUCAACAUCCUCCCUCCACUAACCAACAGUAAAGAGCAGGAAGAACUAAUGCAGCAACUCACAGAGUUUCAGGUCGAUGAAAUUUAUACUGUGCCAGAGGUGGGGACUGUUGUGGGAGGAACUCUGUCGAGUGGGAUCUGUCGAGAAGGGGAGAACCUGGUGGUUGGUCCCACUGAUGAUGGGAAGUUCCUCCGUCUGAAAGUGUGCAGUAUCCAACGGAACCGCUCAGCCUGCCGUGUGCUGAGGGCUGGGCAAGCAGCCACGCUGGCCUUGGGGCCCUUCGACCGCUCCCUGCUCCGGAAGGGCAUGGUCAUGGUGAGCCCAGAAAUGAACCCCACCAUCUGCUCAGUGUUUGAGGCUGAGAUCGUGCUGUUGUUCCAUGCCACAACUUUCCGGAAGGGGUUUCAGGUGACGGUGCACGUGGGGAAUGUGCGACAGACUGCUGUAGUAGAGAAGAUUCACGGAAAGGACAAACUGCGGACAGGAGAGAAGGCAGUUGUCCGUUUCAGGUUCAUCAAGCAUCCUGAAUACUUGAAGAUUGGAGCCAAGCUGCUUUUCCGUGAAGGAGUCACCAAAGGCAUUGGGCAUGUCACUGAUCUCCAAGCCAUCACCACCAAAAAUGGCCUGGAGGAGUCCCUAGGGCCUGGACAGCUGAACUUCUGACUACCACUAGGUCAGAGAGAUCUCCACUCACCAGCAACCAGGGAGAAGGAUGAAAGCUCUCAUGGUUCUCUGAGUAAUGCCUGGAGCUUGCUGCUGUCCCGUUCUGGAGUGGGCGUCCCUCCUUCGCACUGUGAAUGGAGCCUGAGAGAGUUUCUUGCAUUCAGUGCUGUACAGGGGGCAAGUUAAGCAUGUUUCUCCACGUCACCUGCAGCUUUAUUACCCUGCCCUCUCUUCAGAAUACAUCAGAGGCAUCUGCAGACCUGGGCAGGCGAGUUCUGGCUUUUGUUUACUGUUUGAAAAUUACUGGUUGGGAGGAGCAGAACCUUUGAAGACUAUCAGUGAAGGGACUUUUUUUUUCCAUCUCUGACACAAGGUCUGGUUCCAUUUCUGCUCUCUGAGCACUGGGUUGAUAAGAGUCCUCUCUUGAGUCAUCCUGCAGCCCAUCUGGACAGGGGAUGGAAGAGGCCCUGCUGCCCACAGCAGGGGUUUUGGUUGAACCUCUCAAAAAUGCAUUCUGAACACUUUUUAACCGUUUUUAUGCUUGGUUGGCUUUAACCUGCUGUGUGUCCAUUUGUGUUGGUUUUGUAUUACUCCAAUUUGAGUGUCUUACUGGACAAGUGGUCCUGUUCCCCACUCACAAGUACACACUCCUUCAUCAUCCCACUUUCUGACUCCAUGUGGCAGAGCCUCCAACAUAAUGUCGUGAAGGCAGAGUUAGCACUUUCAUCUGUUCCUUGCAGCAGCUGGGCAGGAGGCUGUUCUGUGGAGCAGAGCAAGGCCAGGACCUGUGUUGACACGUGCAAGUUGUCUCCAUGGAUGUUUGGCUGCAGGUGUCACCUCUGUGUCAGCAGCAGCAGUUUGCAGUGGGCUCCUGGUGUAGCUCUUACAGGGCCAGCCCAGCUCGCUCCUCACAUGCUUGCCUUAGUGUGUGAGGAGGGCAGGUGGUGUCACAAACAGAACCAGGGGACUUGUGUUGUUUAGAUGUGAUUUGACAGUGGCAUUGGGGUGUUUUUUUUCUGUUUCUCAUCAAGAAAGACUUUUCUUUCCCUUGCCACUGGGCGUUUGUUGUCAAGAAGAAAGCUGGGGUUGCCAGCAAGGACUUUGUACACAAAGAGUGGAGCACGUGCAGCUCCCGUGUGAUCCUUGCUCCAGGUUCCUCCUAGCCUGGGGGGUGCAGCAGGGGCCGUGUAGCUGUACAUAGGCUUUUGGUUGUAUUGCUGACUGUUAAGACCAAAUGUAUCAGCUGUGAGUUGCAGGCCUUCAGACAGCCACAUGGCAUGGUGUCCUGCCAGCUCUGAAUGAAGAAAGGGAAAGGGUCUGUGACAGCACUUGGACACCCAAACAGCCCUUCUGCCACCCGGAGAGCAAGUUCUGGUGCUAGGCUGCUGGCACAGGCAGUGCCUGCAGGGCUGAGCAGCCUGUGGUGGUCUCUGGGUGUGCUGCAAAGUGAUGCUCUCUGCUGGCCUUGGGUCUAGCAGGUGGGGAGGUGGUGGCUGCACCCUGUGAAGGGGUGGGGAAGCCAGUGAAGUGAUGGUAUAUAUGAAGGGAUUCAGAGGCAGCUCAGGAGUGAAUUCUCCCUUGAGAAAACAGCACUGACCCAGCUGAAAACUUUGCUUCUUCCCAUCAGUCCAGCAGGGAGACAGGAGCUGCUGGCUUAGGGUUCACUGCUCAAGCAGGAUCCUUCUUUCUUUACUCCUGGCAGGCUCCUCCCUUUGGUGCUAGUGGGUCACAAAGAAAGCUGCCUGGGGGUGAGGGGGACUCCAGCUGUUUACAGCAGCCCUGGUGUUUUUCUGCCCAAAGCAGGCAUGGGUGCUGUCACCUCUGAACAUCUCACCUCAUCCCUGCCAUCUGUGGCAUGACUGUUCUUGGUGCCAUGCUUUUCAAAAUUGUUUUGUUGUCUUGAAUUUUUCUAAUGCUGGGGGUUGUCCCCAUUCCCCAAGCAUUUCUAUAUAAAUGUACAGAAUAAAGAUGUUUUAUUGAG